CCUUUUCUAUUUUACGGUGUAAUGUCAUGCAGAAGAUAUAGAUAUUCAUAUACUCCUAGAUUAUACUUUUAGUAGCCUACAAAAGAUGUUUUGCCUAAAUCGAAGGUAUAUCUCCUGUGGUUAUCUCACAUAGAUAUCGCAAAAAUGUCUCUGUGAUGUGGUUGUACAUUUUCUUUUUUUUGCCUCAUUAUUUCUGCCAUUAUAUGCUUUGUUACAAAUGAGUCACUUUCUACAAAUGGGGUACAACUAAUCAUUUAUAUUUAUUCAUCCAUUCAUUACUUUUUCAACAAAUGGCCAGCAAAGGGAAGUCAACUUUAGGAGGUCAAUCAAAUUUUUUAUGUAGCUGUAUUGUUUUGUAUUCAUUUUCUAUGGGGUUGCAAUUUCUACUACAUAAAGUUGGCAUAAAAAAACUCACCCUAGUUUCUAAAUUAUCAUGCUACAAAUCUUAUGACUUUUCUUUUUUUAUUUUGCUCUUGAGAUGGUUUUUUUAUGUAGGCUAUCACAAUAUGGAAGGAAACAUCCAAUAAGCUCUAUCAUGACUUUAAAUCCCAAAUGUUGCCAUUUUUUAAAUAUUGUAAAAAUAGAAAAAAUGCAAUUAAAAUAAUAAAUUUUUUUAAAUAAAAACGUGCACGUAUGCACAAACGAUGGUUUAGACGUCUGGAUUUGGCGCCACCACGUGUACGUGCAUACGUCAUUGUGGAAUGUCAUCAGACACGCCCAUUACUUCCAUUUUAGCCAUGUGGCUAUGACCACAAGCGACUGCACGACCGAUCCGUUUGUUUAUGCAUUCUAACUAAUAUCGUGCAUGUUCGGACCGCGAGCAAAAUGUCAGAGUCUGUGUCCAGGUUUCAAGCCGAGGUGGCGGCCGUUAUGGAGGUGUUACUAAAGGUGGCCGUCGUGGAGAUAACGAAAGUUUUCGAAGGACGUGCGUUGGAUUGCCAUGGCUGCACGGUCGAUAGAGGAGCUCAGAUCAAAGAGAAUCUGGUGUGUGUCCCUGACAUCAGGACUCAUAUGGAAAGUGCGUUGACUAAUCUCUCUAACAAGAUGGUUUGUAGCGUCGGUGUGCAAGUAGGAGAGACACUGCUGUCCCACCACCAGGAUCAGUGCGUGUCCACUGAGAGAGACAAGAUUUAUCUGCAGGAAUCCAUUGGAGAGGAGGGGCUUUCUCCAUCUGAAGCUCUCUGCAAGGAGUCUCCAGAAGCUGUGGAUUUGCAGUGCAUGGUUGACCUUCCAUGCUCUAUCUUCAAAGAAACUGGGAUUUGUAGAGGAGACUUAAUUCAAGAAGUGCCAUGGACAGAUGAUUUAAAGACCGAGACAAUUCAGGAACAUGAUCUUCAGGAAUCCUCUUCACACACUGUAGUCGAUCCGUUCAGCUCUGUUAUAGGUAGCAUUCCCAGUGCAGACCUUUCCACUGACACUAUGAGCCAGUGGGACCUUGGUCUUAUGGAAGUCAGUUCUUUGCCAUCCGUUGAAAAGUCACCACUCACAGAACCUCCGCAGUCCAGCAGAACCCCAGCAGAGGGCGCGAACGGCAAGAAGGUGUGUUUACAGCUGAGCCAAACACCAUUCGACUGCAAACUGUUACGGCCUUGCUCUGUGCAGCUUGUGAACCUCCUGAUGCUGUCAAGUGCGCAAAGACCGAACGGUUCCAACAGAAAAUGCUUCUCUACACCCAAAGACCUGCGAACCCAUCAGCGUGUCCAUACGGGACGUCGGCUGUGCUGCUUUAAAGAGUGCGGGAAUGGUAUUUGGCGCCUGCAGGGCGUUCUCACGCAAGGACAUGCUUAUGCCUGCAAGAUCUGCGGCAAGAAGUUCAAACGCAAGAAGAUCCUAAAGCGGCACGAGCGAUUUCAUACAGGCGAAAAGCCUUAUUCGUGCAGGAGGUGUAAAAAGACAUUUGCCCUGAGGAAAAGCUUGCGACGGCAUGAGCGCUUCCACACUGGAGAGAGACCUCACGUCUGCCACCACUGCAGGAAAGGCUUCCGUCUCAAGAACAAUUUAAAGGCUCAUCUGCGCUUUCAUACGGGUGAAAAGCCCUACAUGUGCAAUCUGUGCUCCAAGGGUUUUAGGAUCCACAAGAACCUUGAGAAACACAGGCUCACUCACUCGGCAGCGGUUAGCUUUCGAACUCUUCAGUAACUGACAGACGUUGUGUAUGACCUAAACCAAAUGCCAUAUUUCUACCUCGCAUCAGAACCACUGUAUCCAACCGGUAAAGACAGCACACAAUGGCAGUAAGAACAUCAGGGCAACUCGUUUUGCUUUCACUUUUUUUCUCAUGUUGCAAAUGUUUCUGGACACCUUGCUUCUAUUGUAAUCCUUGCCCCCCGCAUCAUACUGCAUCUGUACUAAUAAAACUAAAAAGUUUAUUA